UCAGUCACUGUGAAGUUAGUGCGAGCUCUGUUCGCGGUUGCUGUGGUUUCCAAGGGGAGGUUCAUUUCCUGCAUUCCUGUCAUACUCCCAGAAUGAGCGAGAGCAGAUUAAUAAUUAUUACCAGCUUGAUUCCUGAAGGAAGAGGAAGGAACUAGAUGGGAGAAAAGGAGAAGGACAAGAAAGAAGUAUGACUUAAUUCUGUUCUAUUAGAAAUUCUUGAGAAGUUGUAAGUGGAAACGUUUAAGUUUUAAGGAAAGGGACAGUCUUUUGGUUGGACUUGUUGUGGGCAACAUUCCAUCCUGUUGAAGGGGCUGGUGGUGGGGGUUGCAUUGUGGCCAGAGAUUGUUUCAACGUAACAGCAGCGGCGUGCCUGGCAGGAUGUGCCUCUACGUGGCGAUGUGGCAGGAAUAAUCGCGGAGUCCCUGCCCGAUGCCUUGCAGCGUUGAGAACAUCCCGAAGUAGACAAGGCUCGCAUUGAUGUACAUACCUGCAAGACAUUCACAGAACACACAAGCUUGAAAUGAGAAAUUCAGAAGAAGGAGCAAGUGGGACAGUUCUACAGCGUUUGUUACAAGAGCAACUCCGUUAUGGCAACCCCACUGAGAAUCGCAACCUCCUUGCCUUGCACCAGCAGGCCACAGUAAACGUCAUUGCCUUCAACAGCAAUGGGUCUGUAAUAGCUUCCAAUGAUGGCGUGACACAAGAUGAGCGUCAAAUGGUCCCACAUUCUGCACGACAGGAACCCCAGGGCCAGGAGCUGCAGGUUGACAACAGUGUCAUGGAGAAGCAGCUGCAGACCCGAGCAGCACAGAAUACUGAGGAACUCCCAACCUACGAAGAGGCAAAGGUCCAAUCACAGUUUUUCAGAGGACAGCAGCAUACAGCAGCGGGAACUGCUUUUUUUGUUACUGGAAUAAAUAACCAGAAGAUGAGAACUGAAGGUCGGUCCACAGUCCAAAGGGUGGGAGCCGGAAAGGUUCACCAAGAUGAUGGGCUAAAAGACUUGAAACAAGGUCAUGUUCGCUCUCUGAGUGAACGGCUCAUGCAACUCUCUUUAGCGACAAAUGGUGUCAAAGCACAGUCUUCCGUUGCAAGUGGUGUGAUUUCGUCCCAACAGGCAAAUGACUUCUAUACAAGUGCUGGCCAUGUUUUGCCUCAGACGUCUGUGAAAGGGACGGACCCUCGAGGGCCCCCGCCAGAAUAUCCAUACAAAAAUACACCUACGUUAACUGUUACUUCCAAGGCUCAGGAUUAUGGAAAUUGCUACAGUGACUUCCGAUUGGGAAUGGCAUCUGAGGUAUUAAAACCAGGCCUAAGUUCACAACAUGUCAGGCCAGAUGCUCCUGGUAUGAGGUACCAGCCACCUCCAGAUUAUGGUGCUGUCAGGCAAAAUCAAGAGGGACAGAUAUUUCAGCAACUGCAGUUACAGCAGCGAAGUUAUCAGCACAGCCCAUCAUCAUCUCAGACAUCCAUGGGGUCUGUAUCGGUGAUGCAGCCCCCGGCCUCACCAAUGGGUAUCCAGCCUCAACAAGGCCCUCCUGCAAACCAUUUGCAUCAACAGUUCCAGGGAGACCCAUUGGCCAUUGUCUUGCGAGCUCAGCAGAUGGUAGAGAUCUUGUCAGAGGAAAAUCGUGCCCUUCGACAGGAGCUGGAGGGAUACUAUGACAAAGUGGCUAAAUUGCAGAAGCUGGAAAUGGAAAUUGAGCGAGUUUCAGAAGCUUAUGAGAACCUGGUGAAGUCGUCUUCCAAGAAAGAAAGCUUGGAAAAAGCCAUGCGGAACAAGUUAGAAGGAGAAAUCCGGAGACUUCAUGAUUUCAAUCGAGAUCUAAGAGAUCGUCUGGAAACUGCUAACAAACAGCUUGCUGUUAAAGAAUGUGAAGGUUCCGAAGACAACCGUAAGACUAUCGCUCAGCUCAUUGGUCAGAAUAAGGAAAAUUUGAGAGAAAAGGAAAAGCUAGAAAUGGAGCUGUCUGCCCUCCGGGCUACGAACGAGGAUCAGAGACGGCACAUUGAAAUCCGUGAUCAGGCUUUGAACAACACCCAAGGCAAAGUGGUCAAGUUGGAAGAGGAGCUAAAGCGGAAGCAGGUGUAUGUUGACAAAGUAGAAAGAAUGCAGCAGGCUUUGAUCCAACUUCAGGCAGCCUGUGAGAAACGGGAACAGCUUGAACACAGACUACGAACCAGGCUUGAAAGGGAACUGGAAUCCCUUCGAAUGCAGCAGCGCCAGGGUACCACCCAGACAGCCAGCACGCCUGAGUAUAAUGCAACAGCUUUAAUGGAGCUGCUACGUGAAAAAGAGGAGAGAAUCCUGGCCUUGGAAGCUGACAUGACCAAGUGGGAACAGAAGUACCUCGAAGAAAGUGUGAUGCGCCAGUUUGCAUUAGAUGCAGCCGCAACGGUAGCUGCUCAAAGGGAUACUACAGUCCUGGGCCAUUCACCAAAUGGUAGCUAUGAAACAUCCUUGGAAGCCCGGAUUCAGAAGGAAGAGGAAGAAAUCCUAAUGGCUAAUCGGAGGUGUCUUGACAUGGAAAGCAGGAUUAAGACCCUUCAUGCUCAAAUUAUUGAGAAGGAUGCUAUGAUCAAAGUCCUCCAACAGAGAUCAAGGAGAGAGCAAGUUAAAACGGAACAACCAACUGCAUUAAGACCUUCAAAGUCCCUAGUUUCAAUUUCCAAUGCAACGUCUGGGCCUUCAUACCCUACACUGUUGUCCAGUAAUCCAAUAGUUGAAGAGAAGAAAGAAGACAAGAGCUGGAAGGGCAGUUUAGGUUUUCUGCUAAGCCCAGAUAGAAACGAAUCGCAGUCCUCCUCCUCUUCCCCUAUACUACCAUCCACACCAGUUCUGUCAGCACAUUCUAAGACAGGAAGCCGGGAUAGCAGCACCCAAACAGAAAGGGGUCCUGAGCACAACAAAUUGGGCAGUGUAUCACCAACACAAGGAAAGCUAGGCAGUAGCAGCCCUGCACAAAUGGAAACAUCAGAUAGUGCUCCAUUCCUAAGCAGUACAAUUGAGAGGAGAGUGCCACCUUCGCCAUGUGGACAGGAUCUUGCUGAUAAUGAGAUGGUGGAAAUCCUGAUUUGAAAUCCUUCUCAUCUAGGAUUGAGCAAGGAAACGCUCAGGAGAAUCAGAAUUGCAUGUCUGAUCUCUUGGAUCAUUUAAGGCCAGGGAUAUGGAGAGAGUAUAAAGUGGAUCCUGAUCCAAACCAGAGGUGCUUUUAAAGUAAAAGCACAGCAGGAAGAAACAAAAAAUGGAUAAAAGGAUGUAUAUGCUUUAUAUUCAUUUUUUUUAAAGAGUAUACAAAACGAGUGAAACUAUCCACCUGGCUCUUCAGUAUAAACUGUUUCAACAAGUACCAGCACUGCCUCAUACAUAACAUUCCAACUUGAGCGAAUGCAUUUAAAUGGAAGUAUUAUGUACACAGAGAAAUAGAAUGGUAUUUGAUAAGACCUUGGGCAACUAUGUAUCCAAAAGCCACUCUUUGACCAUUGGAGUUCUUAUCAAAGAAGAAAAAAACUUUUGAGGAGAAGAAAUGGCCACAGCCAAACUUUCAGUCCAUUCAAAGCCAGAGAGAAUAACCAGUUUCCUUCUGUUUGUAUUUGGAAAUACUUCUUUCUUAAAAAAAAGUUUAAAGGGAGAUAUUUUAAACACCCUGGGUUGUGUGUAAAGGCAUAUGAUAUUCUUUAUUAACAAAGUUAAACCUGUGUUUAGAUCUCCUAGUGUGAUUUUUUUUUUCAUUCACUAAAAAUCUAUCCUAGUACUAAAUUUAAAUGGUUCCUGAGUUUCCCUUUAAUUUUUUUUGUGUGACUGAAGCCACUGUCUGCCAUCAACAUGUGGUUCUGUGGCACCUACUUUCUUCCAAUAUCUCAUCAAAAUUAAUAUUCCUGACAUAUGCACCAAAACAUUGAUAGAAGGGCUAUUGAAUUAUGAAAGUCCAGCAAUUGAAUACAGUUAGGUUUGCAUUUGGCAUCCUUGCAUGGACACUUUCUAACAGUGUCAUUGAUUAACAUGCAAGAGCAUGAAUUGGAGGCUGAUUUUGUUUUUCUGCCAUAACAGGUGAACACUCUAAUUGGGAAAACUCAAAAUUUCCUGCCAUGCUUCCAUAAGAUUAGCCAGCUCACUGUAAACAGCUACUUCAGGUUUCAACCAACUUUGAAAGGUCACCUGAACUAUGUUACAUUCUGGGAUACAGUAAACCGAUUUAACAAUUUAAAUAAAUGAUGGGUCUGAAACAGACUUCCUCAUAACACUACAAUACUCCUCUCAUUCCCCCACACCCUAGAUAAAGAUGUUCAAUGAGAACGUCAUUCUGCUUUUUCAUUUGCUUUUUAACUAGUAUAGGAUAGGAAUGUGUAAGUAACAUUACAACCCUAUAUUUUUGUAUCUAGACAAAUGAGGUUCAGAGUUGUAUCUCCUGUGCAUUAUUUACAGGAUAACUGUUUUGUAAUAUCAUCCUAGGAUUCUGCCAAUAUUGUCCCAUCUUAACACACCUUAUAGCUGAGGCAGAUUUGUAUUCAUUACCUAUUUCAGGCUGAUGGUUAAAGUAGGAUUCUAAAAUGAAUCAGACUUUUUUAACUUGCACGUAAAUCAUGUAGUGUUCACAUUAGUCUACCUGAAUCGCAAAUUUGGAACUUUGACAGAAAACUAUUUAUCUUCUGUUCUGUAAAAUUGGAUCAGAAGAAAUGUUAUGCACUUAAUCCAUGUGUAUAUGAGCAUUUUAUUAUUUCCUUGAUAUUAUAAUUGCUCAAAGUUUAAGGGAAAGAACAGUCUAUUGAGCUUGAUUUUACCAGUACACUACAGGAAAAUAAUUAAACUUGGGUCAGCUGUUGCUAUUGCUCCUAUUGUAAAUACCAAUAAUGAUAGACCUGUAUACAUAGUAAUAAAUUUGGUUUUACAAGCUCAAUAUUCUGGAAGGGUUAAAACAGUAAUUAAACAACUAGAUAUUUGAUCAUAAAGAGAAACCUUCAUAGCUCCACAAAUGAGCUUCAUUUAAAAUUUUGAGAUGGUGCAGAUCUUUCCUUAAUUUACUGUCUCUUUCCUGUUCAGUUUGUUCACUGCUAAGCUCCCAGUCAGUGACAUUUGCAGGCUAGGAGAAAAAAUAAGUGAUCAAUGCUCUGUCCUUUUAAUCCUGCUCCUAGGUUUGCUUGGUUGUCUGCCUGAGCAAAAGUGUGGCCCAUUUGUCCAUUUAGCACCAUUUCUGUUGGAAUAACUGUAUUCACAGGAGGGUGAAUUUGCAUUCUUCUUAUUUAAACUGAAUUAGUUCUUAGUUUUCCCAGUUUUCUCAUUUGAAUUCAACAUUUUUGAAAAUAUUUGACCCACAAUCAUUAUGUACAAAAAUAUGUAUAAAGAAUGUAGAUCUAUCUAAUUUUUGCUACCAUGGUGACUUAAUAACUUUUUAGUACACAAGUCAAUUUUUGGUUGCAUAGUAAUGAAAUGAGGCUAUAUAACAGUUAUAGCCCUUAAAUGCAGUAGCCCCACAAUGAUGUAUGAGCCCCCUUAAAAGGCCAAAGAAUCUGAGGAGGGGGUUACAAAACAGCAAUAUCUGAGUCCUGGUUCAAUGCUGAGCAUUAAAUCCAGGCAAUGCUAAGGAGAUUGCAAUACAAAUCCCUCAUGCGGUGCACACUCUAGUAUGUAAAUGGUAUAUUUGUCUUACCCACUUUUUUACUUACUGAUUUUUAAGUUGAUGUAAUUUGCUGCACUGAUUAGCCUAGUGAGGUGGUGAUGUUUGGUAUAAAAGUAGUGCCCUCUUAUCAGAACCCAUUGAAAGAAAAUAAUUAUGGUGGAUUAUGAUGAGCUCCACCAUAAAUUUAAUCAUAAAUUCAAAACGUUCCAUACAAUAAUGUAUAGUUUUUUAAAAACGUAGCAUUCUAAACUGAUAAAUCUCAAAUUAAGUGGGAUGCUCAGUCUAGAAACUAGUGACCAAUGUCAGAAAUUAAUGGAUAAAUGGGAGUUGAUUAGACCUGAAAAAUGUUACCCAGCUAAUGUUCUGAAAUAAUAAUCAAUGCAUCCACAUGUUUGAGGCACUAAACCAUUUCAAUGGGGCAAAGGUAUAUUAUGUACAUAUAUUUAAAUGGCUUUGGCUCUAAAGCCCAUAACAUUGCACUGUACUGGACAUCAAUAUAUAGUAAUUUCUUCCUCAGAUUUGUGAAUAAUCUAAUUCCAAAAUAUCAAGUCAUGGCAGUAUAUAGCAUUUGAAAGGCUGUUUUUCUUAUAUAUACAUUUCAAAAUUUGCCCCUCUAAGUUGGGGAGGGAGUGGGGGAGUGCGGGGCAGUGCAGGCACAGACAUUUUAAAACUAGGAACUGGUAAUGAUGUCUAUCUUCAAGGUUUUGAUAUGCAAGCAUUUGAAUAUUUGCAUUGUGCACUUAACAAUUAGGAAAUAAGUGGUGCCUUUUUAAUUUUUUUUACUCUGUUGUACAUAGUCAAAACUAUUGUUAGACUUUUAAAGCUGGCUUUUUGCUCUUAAGUUAAAACCAACUAUUUUGUACUUUCUUGGUUAUUUGUUUAUUGUAUAUUUAAUAGAAAUGUUUUCUAAAUUGUAAUCAAAUCAGCUGUGUUGUCUUUCUUGCUAAUUGUAUUUUGGCAUAAUGCUACCCACAUAAACAGCAAAAAUCAAAAAUGUCAAAACAAAGUAAUUUUCCUCAUUGUAGGAGUAAAAUGGAAAAGGGACUGAAUGGCAAACAUGUAGUUAAAAUCCACUCAUUACCACAUCCUGUGAUGUCUACAUGCUUUAAUAACUAAGGCAUAGAUGCAGUACCACAAUUGUGCCAGUGUUGUUCAGAUGGUUCAUGGGCAGCCAUGAGGAUGCAGACCCCUUGGAAAGAUUAAAGCACAGUAUAUUUGAUAAACUGAUUCAAUUGCUGAACAAUGAGUGUGUACACCAAUGAUCAAAUAAUUCUCUCAUCUUACUAGAAAGAAACAUAAGAUUGGGUGCCAAUUCUCAAGUACCCACUUCUCGCCACCACCCAAGGUGAAUUUCGAACCCUUUAAUGAAUGUAAAGUUUGUUUCAGUAACUAUGUUAGUAAAUAUUCAUCAGUCUAUUGCUUAAAAUGGAAAAAG